AUGUAUUCCACGGAGAUUCACAAAGGAAUAACUCUGUUGAUCUCAUUAUUUUAUUUCAUUGGCAUUUGGCACCGUGGAGAUAGACCUACAGCCAGAGAACUAAAAACGAAAAUAUUCUACAGCAUUUAUCAUCCACUUUUUAUCAUAUCAAUAGUCGUUGGAGGGGCUUCUGGAACGAAAAGCAUAGAUGCCAUUAUAUUCUUAGCGGAAACAUCACUUGCCGUUGCAGUUCUAACGAUCAAAUUUUGGCUUUUAAUAUGGAAACAGAACGAAAUUCGCGUUUUACUGAAUCGAGUUUGUGAAUUCACCAUUCGGAAUGAUGAUGACUACGUCACUUAUAAUGCAAAAUUAAAAGGAUUCAUAAAAUUUGUGAUGAUAUUUUUGGUCGCUGUAAUUGUGAAUGCUGUUUUGGUGUCGCUAGGUGUUCCGAUUAUUACGAGCGAAAAUAGUUUGUUUCUCGAAAUUGGAUUUCCUUUGGAUUGGAAAAAUAGUGAAGCUGCACUCGGCAUUGCAACCAUUUUCAUUUUAAGUGAACUGAUUUUGUCGGCCAUCGCUAUCAAUUUCUCUGUAAUAAUUUGGUAUUUACUGUUAACGUGCUCUUUGAGAUAUGAUGUGAUGGGAAGUGAGCUGACGAAUAUGGGACGAGCAAGUGAAGAAACGAUUGAGAAUAUGACGGAAAGGGAUGCUCACCGAAAUUUCUUUGAAGAAUUAAAAGCAGUAAUAGAUGCAUAUCGUCACUUAAGGGAUUUGACAUCGGAAUUGGGAUCCUAUUUCUCUAAUAUAAUAUUCGUACAAUUCAGCACCAGUGGCCUAUGUAUUUGCGGAUCUGUUUAUUGUCUAGCUUUUGAUGUCGGUGAUAGUCUACUGGAAAGUCUUAUACACAUUGUAAUGUUCUUUUAUUUUACGUCCGACCUGUUUAUGAUCACGUACUUUGGCAAUGAGAUUAUGCUUUCAAGCGAUAGUCUCUCCUACAGUUUGUUUGAAUCGAAUUGGAUCGAGCAACCGCAAUCAACCAAAAAAUGUGUCAUCAUUUUUGGUGAAUAUGUGAAGCAGCCACAGAUACUGCUGAUUGCCAAAUUGUACCCACUAACUUUGGAGACAUUUACAAAGAUUAUGAAUUCAGCUUACAGCAUGUUCAACAUUUCGAAAAAUUUUAAAUGA